AUACAUUUAUAUAUCAUCAUAGUCCUAAAAUUCGAUUACUAUAAGUAUUCAACAUGAAGUGCAUGUGUGGUUUGCUUCCAUGUCUGGUUGUGUGUUUGGUUUAUGUUGGCUUGGUAUGUGCCCAAACGGAACACGUUGAAGGUGAUAUCCGUCUGGUUGAUGGGAUCUCCAAUUCCAACCAAGGUCGAGUGGAGAUUUAUCACAACGGUGUCUGGGGGACGGUCUGUGGCAGAAAUUGGGGUUGGGAGGAGGCUACCGUUGUCUGCAGACAGUUGUACUUGGGGGAGGUCCUGCUCCAGAAGGCGUUUUUCGGCAACGGUUCUGGGCCUAUAUACGUCGGGGCAGACUGUCACGACCAUGACUUCCACAUCGAUGAUUGUCAUGGGUACUGGGAGGAGGUACCCACCACCUGUACACACGAGGAUGAUGUGGCGGUGAUCUGCUACCCAGAGGACCAUGAAGAAGUCGUUGAAGGUUUAACGAUGUGGCAGGAAUUGAUCAUCAUAAUCGCAUUUGGAAUCUCCUUCAUGCUUUUUCUUAAAAUGGUCAAGUUUGUAGAAGAUAGCAAGGUUGAUGUUGUCGGUGAUGACAUUGCUCUGAAAGAAAUAAAGACUGAUGACCAUCCAUACGCCGCUAGCCAACAUGUUAGUACAGCUGACGAGUGUCAUGACCCAGCUGAUACAGAGGCUGCAUCAGCAAGUAAACAGGUAGACUCCGCAAGUAAAAGUGAUGACACAACGAGUGCACUUGAGGUCACUGCGAGCGAGAACGAUGUCAACAAAAAGGAACUAGAUGUCAGUGACAAUGAGACUGAAGGAGUACAGAAGCAUAUUUUAAGAGAUAAACCCAACAUCCAAAGUGCAGAUGUUUCUGUUCAGACUGUAGAGUGACUUUUUUUUGUUAUGUGUUUGUUUUGAUUUGAAAGUAUUAAAAUUCGAUUUUUUUUUUUUCCAAUUCAAUUUUAAUACUUUCAACUUUGUUCAAAAGACACACACUAAACUGUGUCGCUUUAAAAUUCUAACAACCAGUGAACACAACAUAUUUCAAAUAUAUGUAUUACCAAUACCACCAUCACUAUUUUCAUUAUUUUCAUCCUCAUCACCAUAAGAGGUGUUGUGUCUCAGUGGAUAAUCUCCAGACUUUGAACCACAAGGUCCGGGGUUCAAUCCCCCUGCAGCACUCGAGUCUUUUGGCAAGGCAUUUAUCUACAUUUGCAACACUCUGCCUAGUCUAGUAAAUGGGUACUCGGUAGGAAGAAAUUCCUUGAAUGCUACAGUGUCGGAUCAGGGUAGCUGUGCUAAAGCCGGAGUAAAUCAUGUAGUAUGGCGUGCUUAGAAUCAUUGUAUUAAGCACUAUAUCAACGUUGCAUAUUAUCAUUAUCGUGAUUUAUAUCAUCAUCAUCAUCAUGCUUUUAGUAUCAUCUUCAUUCAACAUUAUUGUUAUAAGAUGUGAUCAAGUGGAUAUUUCACCAGAACAUAGAUCACAGAGUUUAAGGUUCUUAUCGCACUGAAGCGGUGUCCUUUGCCUUGACAUUAAUCUAUGCACCCAAGCUUAACCCAGGUGGGUGUUUCACAAAACUGUUCGUAAGAGCAGCUUUACUAACAACCGGUGAUUUUUUUUCUUGUGGUAAGUGAUACACUCUGGAUUUAAAUUGGCGUUGAUUUACGUCACAAGAAAGGGUCACCAGUCGUUCGUAACUUACGAACAGCUUUAUGAAACAGCUACCAGGUGACUUAAAAUGAGUACCUUCAAGAAUUUGUUCUUUGAAAUGAAGUGCGUUCUUGGCAGCUAUUCUAUAGCUGUGGUUAUGAUCGUGGAGAGCAAAAUGUGUCCUAUAUGACAGACAUACUAACUUUAGAAGCUCCCUGUCUGAUUUUUUGUUAUUAUUGAAUAAUUGUUAUUACGAAAAUCAUCUUCACUACCAGCACUACCAUUAUUAUAGACCUUGCCAUCAUCAUAUUUUUUUAUGUAAUAGCUACAUGUCGUUAAAUUAUUACAUGGAUUUGCUCAGACAUAGAUUUACUUUCAUUUGUAUUUGAACCCAUAUUGUUCUAUUCACUAAUAUCAUGAAUGCAGAAUAAUGAGAUCAAAGUACAGAAAGCAUCAAUAAAUUUGGCACAUUUUAUUUCCUAUACAUAAAAUAUAAAAAUUUAUUGAUAUAAUACCUAAUCUCAUCAACACUGGAGUUUUUGAAAGGAUUCAAUGUAUUCAAAUAAAGUUAUUCUGUCCAUGAAUUAAAACAAAAUAAAUUAAAUUUGGUUGAAGCAAAAGCAGUUUAAUACUGCUUUGUCUAAGUUUAAGUCUGCUUAAAGUAAUACUCACAUGUCCAACAUGUUUACUUUCUUCUGUCUUUGGCAUGUGACAUAAAUAUCAUGCAUUUCAUGAUUACUAAAUGUUCCUUUUAUUACCUGUGAUUGCUGGAUUUCAAAGCCACAAAUCAAUGAGCACAUUCCCCACUCCUUGGGGAGUAUUCCUACUGUUUUGUACCAUUCAAGUGUGUUUCUAAAUGUCUGUAAAAAGGCAGUAUUGGUACUUCCAACCAUGGUCUGACUAGACUAAACCCUGUUUGAAGCAAGUCGAGUGUCUAACGAAACAUGUCACUGAUUUCACCGACAAACUUGCUCUUAGCCAAUCAGAAGCAAGGAUUUCAGUAGCUAAUAAAUAAUAAUCUGUGAAAGUCACAUCUUACAGAUGAUGGUUGAUAUAGAAGUUUACAAUCUUAUCACUCUCAAAGAUGUCUAUAAAUGUCUGAAUAGAGUCUGUAUUUACAGACUACUCAUCUUCC